AUGAAUCUCCCGCAGAUACCUAGGUACUUCAGCAUGAGCCCACCGUCCAACUGGAGGGAAACGAAUAAGAGCAACCGUGUUCUGCGUGCCGCCGAAGAAGGACGCUAUGGGGUUAUCGCUGCUAUAGCCUACAACAUCGAGCAUAUCCUCGGCUUCGUGAAAGCAGCAGAGGUCGCCAAAUCGCCUAUCAUCAUCCAAUUCUUCCCAUGGGCUGUGACAUACUCCUCAGGUUUGCUUAUCCGUGCUGCAGCGGAUGCAAUUCUACGAUCGCCAAUGCGAGACCACAUUGUGUUGCAUAUGGAUCAUGCCCAAGACUACAAUCUCAUCAUGUCUAGCGCUGAUGAUCUUCCCUUCGACAGCAUUAUGGUCGACAUGAGUCACUUCGAGAAAGAGGACAAUUUGAAAAAGACCAGAGAAUUAGUCGCCUAUUGCCAGCAUAGGGGUAUUGCAACAGAGGCAGAGCCGGGUCGCAUUGAGGGUGGUGAGGAUGGGGUUAUGGACACAGCCGACCUCGAGGGUAGCAAGACAACGCCCGAGGAGAUAGAGGAAUUCGUUGCGACCGGUGUGGACGCGCUAGCACCAGCGUUCGGGAACUGCCACGGAGAGUAUGACUCCAGGGGACCACAGCUUGAUUUUCCACGGUAA